AUGGCCAGGCGCGGCAACGAUGCCUUCGAGGGCCUCAUCAGCAGCGUGCCCGGGCUGGACACCUCGGGCUUCGUGAAGCGGUCGAUGAACGAGCAGAAGGCCGCAACGCGGGCGGCCUGCCCGGCGGCCGGGCGGCCGGAGGCGGUGUGGGGAGGGACCGGCGGCGCCCGACAAGUCCAGAUGUCGACGGGGACAGGCGUGGCUGGCUUGACGGGGCAGCAGCACAGGCAGCAGGGCUUGGGCGUGAGGUCGGGCAUGCCGUCGAGUAUGGGAGGCGCGAACGCGGCGAGGGGGCGCGGGAUGGCGACCCCAGCCGCGGAGGGAUUCGAAUCUGCGGCCGGCAGGUCCGGGUUCGGUCGAUCGCCGCCGUCGGGCGGCGCGUCCUGCCCAGCGGCGGGCAGGGCGGGCAGGGGAGGGGCCGAGAGCUCGCUAGACAGCCUGAUGGCCAGCGUGCAAGGCUUGGACACCUCCGGCUUCGUGAAGAGGUCGCUGAACGACCUCAGGGCGGGCGGCGGGGCUGGAGAUGCCGCGGGGGGAUCGGUCAGUCAGAGGCCUGCUGCGGGCGCGGGGCGCAGCGCGGAUGCCGUCGGAAUCGACCGGGCACAGCCGGACACGCUCGACCUGUUGGGAGGCAAGCUGCAGGAUUCCGCGCCUCGUGGCGGCGGCGCGAGCGGCCUGGGCGACGCGUGGGCCAGCCCACCUCUGGGCGGGGGCGCCGCGCCGAUCGUGAGCGUGUCUGCGGACGAGCUGGACGCCCUGAGCGCUCCUGCGCCCACGGCGGGGCCGGCGGUGAGCUCCGCGGGAUUCGUGGACCUGUUCGACGGCAUCCCCGGCGGGCUCCCGGAGGAGCCGCCGCCCCAGCCUGCGCCCAAAGCGGCCCAGCAGACCCGCACUCGGACGCCGGCGAACAGAGGGGACGAUCUCCUGGGCAUGGGCUCCCAGGACAUCAGCAACCUCGAGGCCCUGAACAUCGGGGACGUGUUCAGCCCACGCAGGCUGGGCGUCUCGCAGGCGGUUAAUUACGGGGAGGUGGAAGAUGAGGGGAUACGGGCAUCUGAGGCCAGCCCGCUGACAGCGGAUCUGAUCCCCAACACGCCUCCCGCUGAGAGCGCGCCGGCCCCGUCCCAGCGGUCGAUUGGCUCCAUCAGGCAGCGGAAGCCUUCCAAGGAGGCAUAUGCGGCCGUGUGCACCAACCCGGACAACUCGGACGAGGAGUGGGCCACGGCCUCCGAAGAAGGGUCGCCGUCGCCCCGCGACAACCCAAUGGCAGCUGGCUAUCAGGGGUUUGGUGGGGGCGACGGGGAUCUGGUUGGGAGCCCGAAAUUGCCAGCUGUUGGGGAGGAUGAGGAAGUUGUGGAAGUCAAGAGGUCCAAAGCUCCAGUGUUUGGGAAGCUGUCCAGGGGAGUGGCUAAGGAGCUGAAGAAGGGGCUAGGAAAGCUGCAGAAGUCAAGGGGGGGCGAGGAGAAGGAUGCAAAGGCGGAGCGGGCCGCGGCGGUGGAUGCAGAGCAGCCGAAAGAGAGGGAGGGGAUGGAAGAGGAGGGCAGAGGUGGUUUCAAGGCUGUGCAAAGCAGGGCCCUUAAGUAUGGGCAGAAUUUGGGGAAGGCGGCCAUGCAGCUGCGUGACAAGGGGCUGGAGGCUGUAAAGCAGAGUCUGGAGGUGGCACAGGACUGGAUGGACAAAGGAUUGGAAGCCAGAAAAAAGAGUGAGGAACCUGGGUCGAUUGAGGAACACUCUGCGAAUGUUGAGAGGCCCCAUGCCACAGGGCCGAGGGUUGAUCAGCUGCAAGAAGAUGAUGAUUAUGCAGACAUCGUGGAGAUGGCAGCUGAACUGCAGAAUUUGCCCUACGGGGAUCGGUCUCUGGCUGUGAGUGAGAUGGAGCCUGAAAUUCAGGUGAAAGUUGUUGAGCUCCUCAGGUCCCAGGGUGUUGAGGUGAUGGCUGGUGCUCAGCAUCAGCCAACACACUUCAAUGAUGGCAGAAUGCCGGGGUCGGGGUCGUUGAGCCCACCAGCCACCGCAGUCACUCAGCCACCCUCCCCUGGGUUUCAGCGAGCUGUGUCAGACAACGCACUCUCAAGAGAUGAAAAGGGACUUUGGGAUGACGGUCCUGUGGAUGAUGGCAGUGGUGAUGGAAACCUGGGCUCACCAAUGGGUGUGGAGAGGUCGUCGUCUCUGCCUGAGCUUGGGGAGGUUGACCUUCUCAAUCUAGGCUCUUUGGAAACCAGCCCAAAGGCAGGGGCUGGGGGUGCCGGCGCAUCGACAGCUGCAAAGGUGGUCUGUGCUGCCAACCCAGACGAUUUGGGGGACUUUUUCCAGGGCACGGGCCCCAGUGCAGAGGUUGGGGUUGCUGGCAUAUCGGCAGCAGUGGAUGUGCCUUGCACCAGCAAUCCGGACGACUUGGGAACGUUUUUCCAGAGUUCGGUCCCUGUGCCACCCCCAAGCCCACAGCCGGAGGUCGACGACUUCUUUGGUGCAAGCUCCAGCCAGGCUGGCUGUGGCCAGGAAGGUGGUUCAGCAGUGGGUCAGCUUCAUGUGGGGUCUACUGAUGAGCUGAUGACUUUCGAUGGCCCUGAGCAUGAGUCUAAAUCGCAGGCGGCCGCAGCCGCCGCGAGGCACAGCAACCUGUAUGCCAACAAAGGGGGCGAGGAAGGCGAGCCGGAAGUCAGGAGGAUGCUGAGAACACAGAGGGAGCAGAAAAAGCAUGCAAAGAUGGUGGAGGCCCUGGAGACCAAGAUCCGAAGGGACCAGGAGGAAGUCGAGCGGCAGGAGGCACAGCAUGAGUACAAGGAGGCGUAUGUUCCGAUGAUCCAGGCCUGGAAAGAUCAGCACAGGGCCAACAUCCGGGGCAUGCUGACGUCCUUGCACACGAUGCUGUGGGAGGGCACCAGUUGGAAAAUCCUUACCGUGGCGGACGUACUGGAGCCUGGGCAGGUGAAGAAGGCAUACAUGAAGGCCAACCUCAUCGUGCACCCCGACAAGGUGCGUCAAAAGAACGGCACCAACGAGCAGGUGGUGAUCGCAGACAUGGUGUUCGAUGCGCUCAAGGAGGCCUGGAACGAGUUUCAAAAGGGUUGA